AUGGCGCUGUCCUGUAGAGGGUUAUGCAGUGGGGCUUCAUUGAUCUUACUGUACGGAAAACGACCUGUCGGGGUCAAAGCAAGUCUCUGCACACCGAGACUGGCUUCCACAAAAUCCAGUAGUGUGUGGUUUGUUAGACACUACUCUCCUUCACAAGCCAGGCAUGGGAUUGGUCGAAGCGUUGUGUCCGGUCUGAAAUGGGCUAAUGAGAAAUAUGAGCGAUUCCUGCAACGUCGCUUUCCAAGAUUUUACGUCAUUUAUCACACUUUUAUGAGAGGUUUCCGGCUCCUGUUUCAAGAUGGUAAAGAAGUGAGAAGAAUCGUAGCCCGCAUGCUCAGUGAAAGAAUAGAGCACCAGAAUUUGCCUUACCAUGAUAUGGAGAAAAUCAGGCAGGUCCGCAGGGACUUAAUCAAAGCCAUUCCAUUGGUCAUCUUAUCAAUACCUCCUUUUGCCAACUAUGUGGUCUUCAUCCUUAUGUACCUCUAUCCUCGUCGGCUUCUGAUCCGGCACUUCUGGACCCCACAGCAGUUGGUGGAGUUUCAGGGGGUGUAUCAUGCCCAGAGAGCCGAGCACCACUGGGCUAUAGUCAAAGGGAUGGAGAGCACGUCAACAUCGGUCCAAGACAGCCGACUCAAAAGCCGCCUUACAGAGCUCUGCAGUAAGGUCCGAAGUGGAGUCCAUCCUGUGGUGUCUGACGUCCAUGCAGUGAGAACUUUGUUCUCUGGACCUCCCUUGGGUAUCAAGAGAAUGUAUGCAGAUCAGAUGAGACACCUCUGUGCAUUGCUCUUUCUGACGCCCCGCCUCCCAGGCUUCUGGAUUGGUCGACGCUUGAACAGCCACGCCUUUGAACUCAUGCAGCUUGACCGUGCCAUUGUUCGAUUAGGCUUGCAUCAGUUAAACGAUGCAGAGCUCAGAGAGGCAUGUUACGUGAGAGGGCUGAAUCCAGACCGCCUGAGUCCAGGGCAGUGCCGGGAAUGGCUCACACAGUGGAUUCAGUUCUCAACACACCUCAAAGAGUCCGAGACCUCCCUCUAUCUGCACUGUAUGGUACUGCUAACUGUAAACUUCCCUAAACACCAAAGUCACUGACCUCUGGAGGAAGUAAAUGACUUCUCUUCAAAACCAUUCAUUGAUCAUCCACCACCACACCCAAAGGCAAAACACCGCGGGAACAAACAGACUCAUGUAUGCAAAUCCAAACAGCGCAACACAAGCUUUUUUACCAUGAGUCUUUAGGCUUAGUCGCAUUUUAUGUUAUGAAGGGAUUUUUUUUUCUCCGGUUUAUGCAGGAAUUAUUCUUUAAAGGGGCUGUCAUGCUUUAAAUGUUUUUCUUGGAGAUCUAUCCAAUUUUGUUUACUUCAGUAAGGAACAGAUAGGAGGGACAUGGUCACUGAAAGAUGUCAUCGGGAUUAUG